AUGGCUGGGCUAUCAAUCACAUCAGCGUUACUGUCCCCUAUCAAUAAGCUUCGCGGAAAGUCAAAUCCAUACCAGAAAUCCGGCAAUGCCAACAGAACGUCUCAUCCCUCAGAUACACCCACCAGCGACGACCUUCUCGCUGAAGCACGUCAAGCGGCUGGUCGUGAUCCCGUGACUGGACAACGAACCCCGGGCCCCGCAAGCAAGAAAGCGAAGAAGCAAAAAAUGUCCUUGGAACAAGAGCAACAGGCCGCAGAAGAACAGAAAGCGGCGUUCCUUGCUUGGGCAGCAAAACAUCCACAGGCAGCUGGACGACCGUACGAGAGUUAUGAGGCUUUUGUGCGGGAGAUGGUGGCGAAGCGGACAGGGAAUGUUGCGCCUAGUGGUCGGACGGAAUACUAUGCGCCUGAGCAGACGGUGGAGGAAUACUACUCGACGGGUGUGAGAUAUUAG